AUUGACAUCAAAACGCUCCAUUUUGUUAUUUCCCAUCCCAUUUGCUUUGCUUGCUGUAGUGGUUACACAAUCAUAAGUAAAGAAGUUAAUAAAAUUCAAUUUCCUGCUCUAUAUAGUGUAAAGUAAUUGAUUAUUGUUCUGGAAAUUACUACAUUGAAGAAUUACUCAUUAACAAGCACAGUCUCUCAACGUAGUUCAACGCUGGAGUCUGACGUUAGGUUUACUGAUUUCAGGAGAUGGAUCCAUCAGAUCUACCGCCACCUUGUGAACCCAUUGAUAAUAUUAUUGGAAAUGUAGCUGCUACAACACUUAUAGGACAACAAACACAAGCAUUCGAAAUGAAAUUGGGAACUAAUCCGAAGAGCAAGAGUCUGACAAAUAAGAAAUCAAAGAAGAUAAACAUAACAGCUACUAAAAAGAUCCAGUGGGAUGAUGUUUCUGUGACGAAUAUUUUAACAAAGGAUCGCGAACAUAAAAAGAUUAAAGAGGAGAAAGAUAUUCCGCAACAAGAGAACCGUUUACCGUCAAAUGAAACCCUUAUGCCUGAUUUUGAUUUCAAAAAAUCAGCAACAGAUUCUCUGGUUUGCGCGGAUAUCACUCAUCCAAAAUACAAAAAGCCAUUCGAUUAUGGUUGGCGACGGGAAUUAGUGUGGCGUGCUACUGUUCACAAAACUAAAGCAAGACAUGGUGAUGUCUAUUAUUAUACUCCCUAUGGACUCCGAUUGCGAUCCAUGGUAGAGCUGGCUCUUGUUGAUAAAGAAGAGGGAUUAACCCUUGAUAACUUCAGUUUUUUUCCUGAACCGACGGGUACUCCAGAUAGGGAAAAGGAAACUAUUCGACAUGCAGUGUUUAGAGAUAAGGAAUCUAUAAUACAACAACGGAAAGAACUUCGAGAAAGAAUGAAAAAUAUGAAACGAAAAGUGGUCUAUCAACCAGUAAAAAGGAAAAAGAAACAACAGAGAACUCAUCAGGAUUAUUCUGAUAAUGAAGAUUCUGAUUUCGAUCAGGAAAUGGCCGAUGAGAUGAUGAUGGCUUUGUAUAAUAUGAAACGUGACAGAGACUGUGAUUACAAACCAACUUCGAAAAUCGUCAUGGAUCACGAUGACGAUCCUGAAUUUUCGCCGUGUACCCGUCUCAGAAGAAAAUCAAGUGGCUCGAUGCCACCUUCGAUAGGUGAAGAAGCAUCAGAGGCAUCACAAGUAACCACAGAGAGUGUAAUAUACUCCACAACCAACCCAACACCAAGGAUAAAAACAGAAAUCGAUUGCGAAAGUAAUCAGGAAUCUCGUCCGCGAAUCCUACACAACAGCGUAACCAAUGAACAACAAGUAGUUACAGCAAAAUACAUGGAUUGUACAAAUGUACCAAAGAUAAAACAAGAAACCGUUGAUCCUGAGCCACUGUCAUGCUUGUUAAUCAGUAGUGUCCGAACCGACUUCCAGGAGUUUUCAACCGAUAAUGAGCCAAUUAUAUCCCAGCCCAACGUGCAGUUCAAAACUGACAUAACUAACGCAAAAGACCUCAAAACAGUAUCCAACAGUGAUAAAUCAGUGCAAACUGAGGACGCACCGAAGGAAUGCAAUGAAAAAGACCUGCUGAUCGAUCGCUUGAAGAUGGAGAACAUGUUCCUGAAGGAGAAGCUGGCCGAUUUGGAAAAAGUGAUCGGUUGCAGGCAGCAUGUGGGUAAGGCGGCAAAACACUCCUCAUCAGCUGUAGCAAAUGAAACAGCCGAUUCAGAUUCAGAUUGCGAAUUGAUUUGUGUAGAAAAAGUUGAAAUGAAGUACGAAACAGUCGAUAUUGACUCUGAUUAGUUCAUCAUGCAAACCUAAUUUUCAAUAAUUUAAUCAUUACUAUAUUAAUAUGAUUUGUGUAGACUGGUGAUUUUGCAUGCACAUAUAGAAGCUGGAUCUUUUAUUUCUGAAUAUUAGUUUCAUAACCAGUUGAAUUUAGCCACCGUGAAAUGGCGUUAAUUGGUUCCAUUGACAUAAUAUUACGCUGAUUACAUUCAACUGUAAUUUUGAGCAACUGACCGGAAGGGUAGGGCCAGACGUGCAUAUUUUUGCAGUAGAAUGUUAUGCCAAAAAAGGCAAAAUUGAAAAUAUGAUGGGAAUGUGACCAGAAGCGCUGUGAAUAGACGCACUGUAAAUAAAUAGACGCACUUUCUGACUAUUAUACAGGGUUGGGACAAUUAAGUAUGGAUAAUUUGAAGUUGCAGCUACAAACUCAUUUUCAAACGAAACUCAAGGUUUUUUUCAGUGUUUACCUCUAAUGUUGUAAUUUUAAUGUAGAGGGGAAAAUUGUAUCAUUGAUUACGUGAGAAAAUGGCAUCCGUUAUGUCCACUCUAUCAUUUAGACGGUGUGGCGCUUGUCCAUACUCCUCUGAAGCGUUGCACGUGGUAUUGCUCGAAUUUCUUUUGUUGUAAAUGUGUUGCCUUCCAAUUUCUGGUGAUGUAUUCAAGUGCUUUCAGAUAGCCCAAAAAGAAAAAGUCAGAAGGUGAUAGGUCUGGUUACCGAUAAGAUCACUCCACGCAACGAAGGCGUCCAGGGGAGGUUGUCUUAGAAAUUGCAUAGCUUCUCUCGAUGCUUGGCAUGUUGGCACUUUACAGUAUUAAUUGAGAUUGAUAUGUCGACUUGUCAAUAAUUGUGACAAAACAUCGUUAGACAACGAUUUGAAUUAAAAGUGACGUUUUGUCAGGACCAAUAAUAAAGUUUCCACUAAUGCCACACCAAACAGUUAUAUUCACCAUUUCUAUGAAUGCAGCAAUUAACUCAACUAAAAAGCACGGUCUUUAUGUAUCAACGUUUGCUUCAAGGCAAGAUUAUCUGUUGGACGGCAUUCCGUCAUCUCGCAACGUCUACACAAGAGUUUAGGACAAAGACGGCCGUAAUUACACACACGCUUUUUUGUACGUAUUCAAAGUUACAAUUCUUUCCUCUCUAGUAAAAUGUCAACACUGAAGAAAAAAUUGAGUCUCCUUCAAAAAUGACACUGUAACUUUUCCAUUUUUAUCCAAAUUAUCCAUACUUCAUUGCAUUAUGAACCAUUUUUUUGAUGGACAGUUUACUGCCUGUCUGGCCCUACCCAAAGUGUUUCUACCCUUGAAUCGACCUUGAGAAUCGACUUGAGAACCUUAAGAACUUGAAAAACUAUCCAAUGUAAAACCUGCGCAAUAUAUUGUCCGGCUGUGUUGGCUGCUUUGUAAAACGAUUAAUUCGUGAUAGAAGUUAAUGUUUGUAAAUAUUAAAUAAUAAUUAUUUGUUAGCACCAAGAAUAUUUUAGAACAUUGUAGGCUAUUGUUCUGUGUGAAAAUGUAACUAUCACUUGUUAGAUGCAAUUAUACUCUAGAAUAUUGCAUUAUUUAUUUGUAAUGCCUUCUAUAAAUCGUGAUUACUUCUGCAAAUAAAAAUAAUUUAGUUUAAGAUUUAAUUCAGACCAUUUUAAUUUUAGAUUAUUCUGAUAUUUUGAAUUCAACAAGUAAUUAGAUUCAAUAAAUCAAUCAUCUGGUUAUGCUAGUUAUAAAUAAUUAGGGCAGAAAAAGCAAAAAUACUUUUUCUUUGUUUAACAGUUAGCUUAUAAAAUGAAGUGAAUAAUAGAAGUGGUUGGUUGUAUCGUUGAAACAAUACAAACAUUGAAAGCUUUCUGGUCGUUUUUGGUUUAUUCCGAAACGGUAAUUAGUCUUGAAUUCGGUACAUCACCGAACACUCCUCGACACGAAUAGGUUUCAUUAGGCUUGUUUCACAUGUAUACGGUUUAGUUUGUUUUCGGUCAAUCCCGAAAAGUGUGAAACGAAUUAGUUUUGAAUUGGGUAAGGUACCGAGUAGAAACCACACACCCCUCGACACGAAUAGAUUUCAUUUCAUCAGGUUCAAAUUAGUUAUCAAGGUACAGCAAACAAGUGAAAUCUUUCACAAACGCUCGGUUCAGUUACUUUUUAAACCUGAUAAUGAGUGGAUCAUCUAUUUUGAAAUUUAAUAAAUUGAGUAGGAUAAAAGUUCGUCAAAUGUUGAAAUGGAUCGACUGCUUCCUGCAGUGCGAUCUAAACCAAAGUGUGGUGGUACAGAACAUGUAACAAAUAAAAAAUAUUAGUAUAAUAUAAUACAAAAUAUAAUAUCUAGUAUAAAGUAAAUAAUCCACAUCAGAACAGCUGGAAUCUUCUCCAUUGAUGAUCGAUAUUCACUAUGGGAGAGGCGACUGGAGCAUGUAUUCAGAAUGAAAAUAAAAAACCUAAUAAGAACCCUGUGAGAUAUAAAGGUCUCAAUUCGUUUUCGGCAGCGACCGAAAACUAACCGAGCCGAACGUAAUCGUAUAUGUGUGAAACUGACCUUAAAAGUGGAAAUUAUCAAAUUCCCAAAGCAAGUUGAGAUAAUUCUAUCCAUCAUUUGUAUUUUCAUGUCACAAUAAAUUAUUUAUUUAUUUAUUUCAAUGACAAUUACAAAUCAUAAUUAUAAUAAAUAUAAUAAUUAUAGUAUUUGUAGUUAAUUUUGAAUUUUUAAAUAUUAAAAAAGUAUAUAUUACAGUAAUUAUUUUAAAAGAAUAGAAUAAGGAGAGCGCUACGGGUCCUAAAAGAGGAACAGUACUUACUAGAACUGUACAGAAGUGCCAGGCUUGAUGUUCUGAGACCUCUCAAGUCGCACCUACAGGUUUUAUAACUCGUAUAAUACCAAACAAUAACUUGCCUAUUACAAAUUAUGAUUUUCCAUUAUUAAUUAACAACAUACAUUCAACUCAAUAUGAAACAAAAAAACAAUUAUUCUCUUUUUAUUCAUUUAUAAAAAUAUUCAUAAAAACUAUUUUUCUUAUUCAUCGGUUUUUAUAUGCUUACAUGGAUUUUGUAUUUUAAAACUCAAACAUAUUUGUUAUCAAUAACUCCUACUCCUACUGUAUUCACGUGAAGUUUGAAAAAUGAAUUGUAAUAGCAUGUGUGAUUAAUACUCGAAUUUGACUUUGACCGGGUGAAUAUAAACGAGUAGAACAAGUAAAUUUUCGAUCGGACAGAUAACAGACAAGUAAACGCAAAAUUCAAAGGGAAUAGAACUUUUUACUCGCAAGUAAAUGCUUGUGAGUCGAGUUGAACUAUAAAGAAGUGCCUAAAUUGGUGUCAGUAAGCGGGAGCAAAUGCUUCCAUGGCAAGAAGAUACUUGUAAAUUCAUACAUGGUAGCCUGGUACAAGACUUUUCCUACUAGUGCAGAGGUACCCAAACUUUUUUGACCCACGGCUCCCUUUGAGUACAGAUAAAGCUUGGCGGCGCACCUAGUAUAAUUUAUUUAUAUCGCAUUGCAUUAUUUAUUAUGAUAAUUUUUUCAGUCUAUAUUCUUAAUAGUGAUUUAUUAUUAACUUACUUUACGUAAGAUUGUUAAUAUAUUUUUCACGGCACACACACAGACUGAUCCGCACUGUUUUAUAGUGUGAUUCUAUGAUAGACAACGGCGGUGCACCUGGCACUAGUUUGCGGCGCACAUUUUGGGAACCUCUGUACUAGUGAAUAGUGUAUUUAACGAAAUAACGACGUUGUGAACAAAAAUUGUCUGUACUUUUUUAUGUAAUUUAUGUGCCAGCAUGUUGACUACAUUGUUUUCAUCAGAUUUUGAACUUAAAAAAUUUGCUCCCCAUGCCAAUAAUUUUAUUUGUUUUUUUCCAAUUGCACUUAAUCGGAUUUCUUCUGCAUGAAAAAUCUUCCAGAUUUGAAGGAAUUCAUGAGUUUUGUGAUUUGUGAAACAAUUUUUGGUUUCCCAGCGUUGUCGAAAAAUUGUGCUGCUAAACAUGACUACGCCUUCGCUUAUUCAAAUGAAAUUUUCGGUAAGAUGGAUUCAGUAAAGUAGUAUAGUUUUUCAUCAGGGCUCUAAAAAUAACCCUACUAUCACAGCCAGCGUAGUUUUAUUCGUCGUAGCAAAAUAAAUAAACGUAAUGAGAAUAUACUCGCGAGAAAAUAAUUGCAAGCAAACCGUUCCAGAAGUUCCGUAAUCUCAGAAGUUCAUUCUCAUCUGCUCAUUAUAAAAAGUUUAAAAACUUUGUAGACUUGACUUGCAAGUCAAAAACUUUUCCUACUCGUUUUAUUCAUCCGGCCCUUUGUACGGUGAAUCUUGAAUGAUUUACUUGAUUGGAGUAAUUAUAAAGUCAGUUAUUAGAAAUUAAAAAUUGUAAAGCAUGAUAUUUAUAACAUGUAAUUUAUUUUGUUUUAUAUCAAUACAGUGUUUCUGAAGUAGACCGACCAACUCCUUGACUUGUUUACCUACAUCAAAGUUACUUAUUUGGCAUAUUUCCCCCAUUAGCCAUUAUCUAUGAAGGUACAUAUUUCUAAUUGAUUUUAUUCCAUUUCUCAGCUAAUUUUGUAUAAGAAUUGAUCAUUUCUCAUGAGACUGCCAGAUAUUUAUAAAAUUGAAAAUUUGAUGAAUGUGCAAUUUUCUUCCAUCACAAUCUCUGUAAGAAAGAAUUUUAGGACCUAUAUUUUCUGGGUUUUUUAUGUUAGGAAACCUCUAACAAAGUUUGUUGGUCUAUUUUAAAAACACCCUGCAUAAUCGUAUAAUCAAAGCUGUAGUUGAUUGUCACUAGUUGAGUUUUAUUGAGAAAAUGCUAUAGUAUCACAUUACAGUCAAGCUUUCUACCAUUCAGAGAAAAAUAUUUAAAUAUUUCAGCUUUAUAUUUCUGUAUUUAAAUAAUUGUCAUUAGCAACAGAAAUAUGCAUUUGGAUAUGUUUUUAUAUACAUUUUGAAACACAGCCAACUCUAUGGAUGACUGUGAUGUUAGUAUUAUAUUAUUUCAUUUUAUCCUGAAAUAUUAACGCAAAAAGUAAGAUUUUGUUGCAUAUCAUGAAUUUCGAAUAAAAUGUAAAAACAUGAUUAAAUAUUGUUGUUCAUGUGCUGUCUACAA